CUAAGGAAUUGGUCACCAAUGACUUUGCCACCUUGCGCUUCCGUGGCUUCUAACGCUAACGUAAUGAAAGAAAGAGCAAUAUUUAAAUAAUUUAUUAUUUCAUGACACGGUUUAAUCAAGCGGAUGAGAAAUGUCCUGGAGAGGCUCCAAAAGUUAUAAUUGGUGUUUGAAUAAAGUUUGUCUGAAGAUCAGGUCGCUGAAAUCGACGUCAGUAAAUGUCGCUGACAACCGCCACUUUUCAGGUUUACCUAUCUACUCUCAAGGUCUAAUACCAAUUGUUAGGUCCAUUAUUCAGCGGCUAAAUCCAAGUUAACUCUUAGUGUAUGGAAUGUAACGGCUGGAUCGCCAAAUGAAAAACAAACAUAUCUAACUAACAACCAAACUUUGAUAUAACCAAAUUUUUUCACUCGUUCAUUCAAGCAGUACUAUCCCCGAAAAACAAUAAUAAUAACAAUAAAAAAAACAAACAAAGAGAAGCUUCUAGGGCACGACUACUGACUAAAGUUAUUUUCUCUCCCUCUCUUCCUAGUUUCUUCCCUAGAGAAGACAUGAGCUGGUGUCAAAUAAUUAACCGCUUGAGACUUAUCUGCAGCUUAGUAAUUACAGCGAGAACUCGAAGUACAUUUUUAACUUCUCUACUGUUCGCCAACUGAAACUCUUCCGGUACAUGAAUUGUUUUCCAGUCUCCUUGGCAAUUUUAGUAAGCGGAGUUUUACCGCAGACCUCUGUGUAAUAACUCUGUAUCACAAAAUUAACACAAUAAAAGAAAAAAAAAAAAGAAAAAAAAAUGCGUUGGUAGAAAGGGAAUAACAAAAAAGGCUGGUUGCAGAGAAUCCAAAAGCUUAAAGUUUUAUUUGUGUAUGUUCAUUGUCAAACUUCUUUCAACAAUUAUAUCAUUGUUAAUUAUCUUGAAUAACGGAGCUCAUGCUAACUCGUUCUAACAGCCUUGCGGUUCUUAAAAGCGUUGAAUUGAAAAUCCAAGAAAGAAUUUAAUAAUCCCACUAAUGUUACCCCUAGGAGCUUUUUUGAAGAAUUUACAUACAACCAAGCUCGUUCAUGCAGAACUGCUAUACUUGCAUAAUUACUUGUGUGAGAAGACAGGAAAUGAAAAAUAGCUGAUUCUCUGCAUUACAAGUCACACAUACUUGAGAGUUUUUGAAGCUUCGAGGAAGGAGAUCAAGUUUCACCCCAUUGCGUACCUUCACCGUAAUGAAGCCAGACUGCAAAUAACAAAUGAGACAAUCGCUGUAAAAUAACAAACCUUGGCAGAGUAUGCAUGUCUCAUGUCGAGAAAAGCACUCGUGUUAACGUCGAUCUAAGCAAAGACGAUUUAGUUGUUGACGAAAGCCCACGAUAAUUUAAUUUGUUGUUUGUCAGACAUCAUCGAUGUCACACCAAGUCCAAGAGCGAUGUUAAGUCUUCUGCUAUUUUCCUUAGUGUCCUUUACGCCGGGAGAAAUCGAAGGUACGUACCGCAAAUUAAACGAUUGAAAUAAUCACUGCAUGUAUGUGGUCCAGCUUUACGCGCCGAAUGUUAAGAUAUCGCAAACUUCUUCCUUCAAGAGAUCCUUUUAUUAGUCUUAUCUCAUUUCAAUACUGGCAAACCAUACAUCUAUUCAGUACUUAAGAUUUUUCUAUGGAAUAUCCAGAUUAAUUGGCGUAUUUUACAUCUGUAUAUUUUGUAUACACUUGAGAAAGAUCAAGCGCAUACCAAAUGCAAGAUGAGCUAUUUAUUGCGCAGUCUUUUAUGGCUAUUGUAUUCACUGCAGCACAUAAACUUGAAAGGAAUACAAGCGUAGAUGUUCAAUGUACAAGCAAUAUUUUAAUACAGAUGUGAUUCAUUUCCUGCUGCCAGCAUUGCCAGCGGCUUGAAAAUCAUUAACGUGUUGUAGACAGUUCCAUGGUGAUACGAAAUAAUUUUGUCAUCACUGCGGCGGCAGAGCGGAAGCCUAAGAAGUUAAUAUCGAUGGCCAUGAACUCUUAAAUAGUUGGGAGAUCAUAUUUAAAAGCACUUUUAACCGAAAGGCAAGCCGUAAGAAUUAUUUCUUUUGGUUUUACCUUUCAGUUUCCUGUCAGUAAUAUGAAAAUAUUUGCAUUUUAUGUUUAUUAUUUUAUCUGUUCAAAUGGACAAAAAGUUAGCAAAAACAGAUUUUGAAGUGACUUCUGCUGUUCGUGUUUGCGUCAAACUUGAUCCUAAACCUUUUAAAAUAGCUUCCUAAAAUUGGAUCUGAUCUGUUUUAUUUUAGCUUGAGAUUUUGGAGCAAUUGAAAAGCUAAUAAUUCAAUUUUUACACGGACCGUAGAACACUGUUAAGUGUCAUGACGUAAAAGAAUGUUAGUCAAACAAAGACUGACGUAUGAGCGGCAGUCUCACUGCCGUCCUGCAAAUCGUGUCAGCAAAGAUGAAUGCUUCAUAUGGCUGAUCUCAUGUUUAUGGUGUGCAUUAUGUUUUUCAUGCAAUUUGUCGCUUCUUUUGCAAGGUUGGAUUCGUUCGAGGAUGACUAACUAACAGCUUUUUGAUGAGGUGACAAAACCAAAAUUGAAAAGAUUGAUUAAGGACAGGGGAAGGUUGAAACAGAUUGUGAACUAUCCUCCUUAAAAAUAAAGCUCAUAAAUUGUUUGAAGACAUGUUGCUUUAUUCACUCCUAUUUCAACUUUCAAAAAAAUUGUCACACUACUGGCGCUGUCUUUGCGUUGCUUUGAGUGUAAUGGAAGUCGGUUUCACUUUAUGCGGGUAGUAUCGUUCUGACUGGGUAUAAAAGUUCACUUCAUGCAGGAAGCAUCACAUUGACUGCGCAUAAAAAUAAUAUAAAUAUAGGAUGAAAAUAUCUUUCUAUUUACGUUUUCAGGAAACUGCACUAUAUAAAACCAAGAAAUUGACAGAACCCAUCGAUCGUUGAUCGAAUUCAAUCUCAACAAUUCCAUUCUUUUCCGUUUCGAGUUUGCAGGUCGCACCAAAAGGUUUCGUUAAUUUCACCCCUUGCUUUAGAUUUUAGAACAAUCUCUACUUAGCUUGUGCUCAUGAUAAUUCUGCUUUGAGGUACUUGAAAUCAGAUGGAGGAGUUGAAAACAAGGAGAAACUCACUUUUGAUGAAAUGAUUAUUUUUCUAAAUUCCAGCUAGGUCAAUUGCCCCUGAACAAUAUUAUUAUUUAUUUCUUUUCGGAAGGAAAUCGUUCUUUAACUCUCCCUACAGUAGUUCUAUAUUGAAGUUAUUUAAGUCACUGAAACUGGCAAAAUAGUAUCUGAUUAAACAUGUACAAAAGGUUCUCUGAAACUGCCUGAAAGUCAAGAGAUAAUAUUUUUCUUUUGGGUGAAUGACGCUGAGAUUGCUUUUCUAUUUAUUUUCAGGUGUUUACUUUCAAGCACAAUUUUAUCAAUCCACAUUAAAUGAAACCAGCCCUCAAGGUAAUAAUAUUCUUCCUAUGACACUUUGUUCAUGGAGUGCCCUAAAAGUCAAAACCAAAGUAAUUACAACAACCAAUCAGAAUAAAGGUAUGGAUAUUACAAGGAACCAAUAAAGAGCCAUUGUAUAAAGAUUAUUGCAUGAUUGUUUAUACACUGGCUUCUUAUUGGCUCCUUGUGACAUCUACCUAACUUUGCGUUUGGUUGUACUUUUGUUUGUUAUUGAUGAUGAGUAUAGUGCGUAGCAUGCGCACGUUAUAAAAACAAACUCGGGCAAUCACGGAUUUAUUGGCGACUUUUAAAGAAUGUCCGACCAAACUACGGUAUUUUACCUAUGUGGUCUACUCCAUUAUGUAAUGUUUUCAAAUGUGUAGCACAGGUUUGUUAGAAUUGCGUUUUUUUUUGUGAUCGGGUGGUUCAGUAAGACAGUUGCGCUUCUGAUGAAAAGGGACUUAGGAGUGGUGGUUAUUGGACACUGUGCCAGUAAUAUGAUUGCCUUAUUUUUCUCCUGUCUUAAUGGCGAUUGCAGCGAUAAUUUUGAAAACUGUGUCUGAUGAACUCGCUAUGUCCUUAGCGGCCGUGCUUACGUAGAGAAAUACACCAUGAUGACCCAACGGGAGCUAGACUGGACAAGCGAACUCUGUGUCAUAGUGUAGUGUGUCUCUUAGCCAUCGAAUCGACCCGGGGUCUAUGAUAACAUUUAGCAAUAAACUUAUCAGACUAUUUUGUGAUUUCGACUAAUGUUGUUUGUAGGCACUUUCGUCACAAGAGUGCAAGCUAUUGCUGUGGUGCAGAAUCCCGAUCCAAUCAUUUAUUCCCUAAGAGAUGACAUAGGGUGGUUUCAAAUAGACAACUCGAGCGGUGUAAUUACUACUGCAAGGACUCUAGACAGAGAGGUAGGUGUAGUACACAAGGUCCCUUGGCGGUUUUAGGACCUGUUUGGGAUACCAGCAGGCCUAGGUUUAGUAAAUGAUGAUAAAAUUGAUGACGGUUCUCACAGCCUGGAGCCUUCUGAGACUGCAAGGACUUAUCACAGCAUCGUUUAAUGCUGCGUAGAAUCCAUUUACUUCGUACCGUGUUGCAUCAUGGUUGUACCACCGAGCAUGAAUUGCGGGCGUUAGCGACUACAUCAUUCUAUUUCAUCGACAGCAGUGAGGGUUUGAUAAACUCCAGCUGAAGACUUAAAACAUGUUAAUUACCAUGGGCUAAUAGUUAAGUUAGGAGAGUAUACCACGUUAUGACUCUUUAGUAUCGCAAGCCUCACAACGUUUUUUCCUUUUUUCGUUUUCAUCUUUCCAUUUCAUUACAGAAAUUUAUUAUUCCCAAGAGAUUAUAAACUACAGUUUGAAAUCUUUUGUUAUAUCAUAUUGAUAAUUAUUUCAUGACUUUUUUCUCUCCGUUGUGUACAGGUACGUUAAUUAUCUAUUUCGUCUCCUUAUGUGUUUUAUAUUAUUGUUGAUGUUUCCAUAGGGAACGGGAAGUGCUCUGAAUUUAAAAGCUGUGGCUCAAAAAACAGGAGAACAAGAGGUAAGAGAUAAUUAAAUGAAUACGAAACCAUGAGUGAUUCAGAUUUAGACUAUGGAAAAAGACAUAGAAAAGAUUUUGGGGAAAGUUGUAGAAAUUCCAAGAAGAGAGAAUAAUUUUGAAUAUAUUUUCCCACAUGGAGUCCCGACUUUGUAUUAUCUUUUUGUCCUCUACAAGUCAUCCUUAUAAGAUUUGCAUCCAAAUGAUACAACUAAAAACAGCGGAAUCGAAAUAUUUAAUUACACAUAUACCUAAAGUUAAAUGGCACAGCAGCCCGCAAGUAAUGAAACAGACAUUUAAAGCGACAUCAUGGAUUAAAUAUAUUUUAUAAAGGUAAUUUUAACUCUAAUAGCCUGGCCAAGCAUCUGUCCCGUAUUCAAAGGUUUUUCUGCAAUUGAAAAUUUGUCGGUAGCUGAAGUGUUAUAAGUCCCUGAGAAUACACCACCAGUUUGGGUUGGGGAGUGUACUAAGAGUUAAUGAAGAGAAAGCAAAUUUAACCUUCUGAAAAAAACUUAUCUUAAACAAACUAUUACACAGCUGAUGUGCAGACAACAUAGUUAUUGUGUUCUUUUGAUCUUUAUGACAGGCUGAAGUUCAUAUUUUGUGCAUAGUUCAGGACAUUAAUGAUAACUAUCCUCAGUUUGAAAACCUGCCCUAUCGGCUCAACAUACCUGAGGUACGAGCAAGAUGACUGUUGAAGAUGUUUUGCCAAUAAAAGAAAUGAUAAUUUUUGACGACAAUAAGCAUAAUAAUGACCACAAUGACGAAUAUGACAACGCCACCAUCAAAGAAAAAAAAACGUUACAAUAACGAUAACGAUGAUUAUGACAAAGCUGACGAUGAAGAUGAAGAUGAGGAUGACGAUAAUAUCAACAAAACCUACCAUAAACCAAAUGUCAGUCACACACUUAGGUAGUAUCCACCUGCUCAAAUUUCUCUUUACGUCCAUAGGGUGUCUUAGCGGUUACUGAGGGGAGAUGUGAUAUUCUUUCUUUUGUUUACACAAUUUUUUUUUUACUCAGGACACGAAAGUUGGGGAGGAGAUUUUGCGUCUCUCAGCUUCUGAUAAAGACAGCUCAGAUCGUUAUAACAAUGUCGUUUUCUUCAGGAUUGUGGAUGGAAACACGGUUAACAUUAGUAGCAUAUCUUGUUCAUAUCUAUUCCAGUAACCAUUUUGGAGGAGGAUCUCGUAUAAUUUUUCCCUGUUUUGUUUUAAUAUGGGUUGGUCCUCACAUAGUUAAGUGUUAAGACGUUUUAGCUAUAUACGUCUCCAGUAAAAGGAAAAUCUUCCCCAAAGUUCUAAGGAAAAAGAAGUUAAGAUUAUUACAACAUUUUAAUCAAGAAAAUAUAUUUCAAAAGUAUAAUUGCUCUCGGCAAAAGAAGGGCUUUGAAAAUGAUUUUAAAAUAAUUAGUGUAUCAUUUUAUCCCUGAUUUUGGUUUCAGGAUGCAAUUUUUAGAAUUGAUGGUGGCACGGGAAGGAUAACCUUGGACAAACCUCUUGAUUUCGAAGGGUCCACACGGCAAUAUGAUUUAAACGUGACGGCAACGGUAAGAAAAACCUGCUUUGUUUAACAAUCAAGAGCUUUUUUGGUUGGUGAUCAUUUUCUUUCUUCUCGUGACCUAAAAAUGAGAUUCAAGGGUGAUAUUAUAAGGAGACUUAAGAUGCAGGUCUCUCUUAGGGGUUAAAGGGUUAAUAAUAUUUGAUAUGACUAUUCAAGUACUCUAUCACAAUAUCUUUCAUGUGAUUAGCUAGGCUGCUCACCAUCUAUUCCACUAUAGAUAGCUGAUAGCAGAUCGAUAAUAUUUGAUAUGAUUAUUCAAGUACUCUAUCACAAAGUAUUCCAAGUGAUCAGCUACGCUGCUCACCAUCUAUUCCAUGAUAGAUAGCUGAAAGUAGAUUGAUAAUAUUUGAUAUGAUUAUUCAAGUACUUUAUCACAUAUCCUCCAUGUGAUUGGCUAGGCUGCUCACCAUCUAUUCCAUGAUAGAUAGCUGAUAGAAGAUUGAUUAUAUUUGAUAUGAUUAUUCAAUUACUCUAUCAUAAAGUCUUCCAUGCGAUUAGCUACGCUGCUCACCAUCUAUUCCUUUAUAGAUAGCUGAAAGUAGAUUGAUAAUAUUUGAUAUGAUUAUUCGAGUACUCCAUCACAAUGUCUUCAUAGUAAUCAGCUACGAUACACACCAUCUAUUCCAUGAUAGAUAGGUGAAAAUAGAUCGAUAAUAUUUGAUAUGAUUAUUCAAGUACUCUAUCAUAAAUCUUCCAAGAGAUUAGCUAUGCUGCUCUCCAUCUAUUCCAUGAUAGAUAGCUGAAAGUAGAUUGAUAAUAUUUGAUAUGAUUAUUCAAUUACUCUAUCAUAAAGUCUUCCAUGCGAUUAGCUAUGCUGCUCACCAUCUAUUUCUUUAUAGAUAGCUAUAGGUAGAUUGAUAAUAUUUGAUAUGAUUAUUCGAGUACUCCAUCACAAAGUCUUCAUGGUGAUCAGCUAUGAUGCUCACCAUCUAUUCCAUUAUAGGUUGCUGAUAGUAGAUUGAUAAUAUUUGAUAUUAUUAUUCAAGUACACUAUCACAAAGUCUUCCAUGUGAUUAGCUACGCUGCUCAACAUCUAUUCUAUAAUAGAUAGCUGAAAAUAGAAUAUUUGAUAUGAUUCUUCAAAUACUCUAUCACAGUCUUCCAUGUGAUCAGCCAUGCUGCUCACCAUCUAUUCCAUGAUAAGUGGCUGACAGUAGAUUGAUCAUAUUAGAAUUUAUUUUAUUAUUCAAGUACUCUAUCACAAAGUCUUCCAUGUAAUCAGCUACACUGCUCACCAUCUAUUCCAUGAUAGAUAGCUGAUAGUAGGUUGAUAAUAUCUGAUACGAUUAUUCAAGUACUCUGUUAAAAACCUUCCAUGUGAUUAGCUAGGCUGCUCACCAUCUAUUCCAUUACAGAUAGCUGAAAGUAGAUUGAUAAUAUUUGAUAUGAUUAUUCAAGUAUUCUAUUAUAAAGUCUUAUUAAAGCUACGCUGCUCACCAUCUAUUCCAUGAUAGAUGGCAGAAAGUAGAUUGAUUAUAUUUUAUAUUUUAUUUUAUUAUUCAAGUACUCUAUCACAAAGUCUUCCAUGUGAUCAGCUACGCUGCUCACCAUCUAUUCCAUGAUAGAUGGCUGAUAGUAUAUUGAGUAGUCUAACAGUCUGCUGUGGAAACAUAAAUACUUGGAAAAUAAGGAUAUAAAUAGGUCCUUUUUUCUUCUUCGAACGGCUUGUAAAUUUAUUUGAAAACAGUUCAAUUAUUUUAACACUAAUUCAAGGUCUGAUUAAUGAUUCGGGCCUCUUCCUUGCCAACCUUUGCGCGAUAGAAACCUCGAGUUUUAAUCUAAUUGUUAAUCAUCAUUGUGCCUUGCUACAAUGGAUACCUGCAUUGCUUCAUGAAAUAUUGAAACGGUGACAUUGCGUUACCUAAAAAGCUGUUUGACAUAUUUUAGGAUCAAUAUGGUGCAUCUACGGGCAAUCAAAACUGGACAGUGGUUAACAUAGGAGUGACCGAUGCAGACGACCUUCCUGCGGCGUUUUCCCAUUAUUUAUAUGAAGUACUGAUUGACGUCGAUACACCACAGGUGAGAAUUAUAAAGAGGCCUGCUCUUUACUACAAGGGUGUAAAUGAACCGCCGUUUUGGUUACAAAAUUCGAUACUUUGUAAUUAUGAUAAACCAACCUAACAUGCACCCAGCACCCAAACGUCAGGAAUACUCUAGUGGAGUCCUCCCCUUCCCCCACGUACAAGCUUCGCUUUUUAUGAAAGUAUACCACAACCCUCCAAAGUCGCGAUUGGUUUUGAUGUUCUAUCCGACUGCGAAUUUUCUAACCUCCCCCAUAAUACUAGCGACCCACAAUAAACUAUGACUUGAUAAACCUUCUAAACUUUUAUAUCGCGUUGUAGUUUGUCCCCUAGAGUGUUAUUUUUUGACCGUAAUAACAUUUACUUUUCUACAUGGGGCAAAAGGAGGUACAAACUAAAAAUUUUUCAUGGCGCUUCUCAGAGUUAAACUUAUCACAACAGUUAGUCUUACGGAACUAAAGGCAACUAAACCUAAACAAAAGAAGUGAAUAAUCUUUCUAGAGGUAUUGUAUCUGACUAAGUGCAUGACGCGCAAGUCAAACCCGUGCAACCUUAAAUAGUUAAUUAGUCUCACCGUUAUUUUUCUUUUGUUCAAACGCAGGGAAGUGAAAUAAUCAGAGUACACGCUGAAGACCAGGAUUCUUUAAAGGCUUCAGUGUCAUACGUCAUAUACCCAGGUUAGUGUCUCAGUUAUUACAGAUAAAACUGGCUAAAAGUUGACGGUUCGAGCGUUAGCCCAUCGCCUUUCGCUCUGACGAAGGGCUAACGCUCGAAACGUCAGCCGUGAAACUCUUUGCGCUGGCCAAUUUACAUUAUCAACUCAGUUGAUAAAACCAUAAUAUCUUGUAACACCCCCCCACCGACGCGGCACCACAGUUUCUUCAGAAACUUACCCUUUUCUCUCAGCUAUAGUCUACCGAUCUGUCAGGGAAAUGGCGGGUGAGGGGGAAGGGUGGGGAGGGGGGGGGGCAUGUGAUCGAUAUGAUUAGAAUCCCACCCAAGUAGGAACAGUAGCUAGAUUGUUUCCAAUAAUUUUUUCCAUCACAAUCAGUCACGAGCUCUUGCACCAAUGAUUAAAGGAGCUUUGUGCGAUGCCUUAUAUGAAACGUGCAGCCUUAAGGGUAGACCAUUUCUUGAUACGCCAGCUGCUUAAUGUUAUGGAAAUUGAGAUAGCCUAUAGUUUUUGAGCAGUUUUGCCGUCUUGUUACGAGUGUAAGACUUUUUCCUGGACAACAUAGUUUCCUUUUAAACCCUUAGUGGUUUUUAUUGCGUUUGACAGACGUCCCCAUGUAAACGAGCAGGUCGCCCGCCUUUAGCUGAAAAAGUCUUUUAUAGACAAACAUAUCUUUGAGUUUCAUUGUUUCAUAUUGCAGCCAGUGACCCGGAGGAAUCAUUUAAAAUCAAUAACGCCACAGGAAUAAUAACAGUAAACCGAAAUCUUACUCGAAAGUCGUAUCCUAUUAUAGUGACGGUAAGUUCCUUCAACUUUAAUCCAUAUAAUCACUGUGCGAUACUGGCCGUAUCACAACCCAAAAUGUUGCGCAGAAAUAAAAAAGAGAGGACGCCUGAAGACAAGACUAGGACACGUAAACAUUCUCGGCAGCUGUAGAGUAAAGGCCCAAUUGGUUUCAGGAGAUUAAAUGCUACAUCGAUUGUUUUUUUUAUUAUUCAUUUUUUUUUCAGGCGAAAUCAACUAACCAGCCUGUUGCGUUUGCACUGGUUAUGAUAAAUGUCGGUUCAAUGCCCAAUCGAACAUUUGUGGCAUCAGUGAUAGAAAAUGAAGCAAACAUCACGGUGUUUGACUUGAUGGUAUGUGGAUAUCUGAAUUAAGAAAAGCACUCUUGUGAAUAAAAGGUUGCAUUUCACCUGAUAAUAAUAUCGUGUUUAGCAACAAUUAUCAUUAUUAUGAUGGUCACUAUAAUAAUUGCUAUCAAGCCAUGAUUGUUCUAUCUAGAGGCAUUUCUCUCCUUAAGGAACAGUACUGAGUAUAUUAGCAAGCAUACUACGUUACACUGUCAAAAAUUAGUGAUAGGCAUGACAUUAUCUGUUAUUUUUCCUUAAUUUCCCCUCCAUUCACUCGUAGAACUUGGAGAAAUAUUUCAACAUAUCAUCUCCCGAAUUCCUAAUCCACCGAGGCAACGAAGAUGGCAAUUUUUUUUUAAAUGAAACUUCGAAGGAACUGCGAGUUGCCUCUCGAGUCCUAGAUAGAGAACAACGUGAGAAGUACACUUUGAUCGUGGAGCUUCUGAAAGACGGAAGAAACAAAGGCUUCGCAAUGGUUAGACCGCAUAUAAUCAUUGUUGUGUUCAAUAUCUGUUUUCAACCCUUUACUUUCCGGAAUGAACAACUCGUAAUUUCUUCUAACAACAUUGAUAAAUUGAGAAGACAGGUGAUGAACAUGAAGAAAGACACCAACUGAGGGUUGGAUGUUCUUUUAUUUGACAAUUUUUCGUACUGAACGAUUUUUGAAAAGUGGCGCGGGAAGUGAGGAGAAACAUUAUUAUGAUCUAGUGCCCAAUAGAAGGAUUUCCUCUUAUUUAAGCGCCAAUUCAGCUUCAGCAUCGCUGCAUUUCUCAAAAAUUUCGAAAUUUUUUAAUUAUCAAGAGGCUAAUUCUCUGGAACAAAUUAAAAUUAGUUUGAAAUCGAACACUGGGGUAACGCAACAGGUCAAGUUGACUGGUAGGCUUAAUGCACAACAUCGCCUUACGUAUAUUUCAUAUAUCUUGGGCCCAAAUCGCAGGUUCUCCAUAUCUUCCUCGCUUAUCGUCCCUUAAUUCUGCAUUAUUUUCAUUACUAAGAUAAACAUAAACGUGGUUGAUGUAAACGACAACACUCCUAAGUUUGAAAACCCAACAUUGGUAAGUGUACCAGAAACCACACCCGAGGGAACUGUUGUCCUCACAGUAACAGCCGUAGACAGAGACGCAGGGCUUAAUGGUUCUGUGGUGUACAACAUCAUAGCAGGAAAUGAACAAGGUGCUUAUCGCUAGACAAAUAAACUUAGACUUUGUUAAAUAAAAAAUAUGAAUUCCAAAGUCAGAAAAUAACUUUCAAUCGCAAGUUUCGCGCACCGUCUGUUUCUCAUCUUCUUUACCAUGGUCCCUCGUGUUUGCAACACAUUUUUAAAACAGAGUAAUGAUUUCUUAAAUGUCUAGUCGAUGUCCCAGCUGAUCUCGCCCUCAAAGUUUGCAUUGUGCCCGGUCUAAAAAUUUUUGUUCAAGCAAAGGCCACCGUGCUUGUCUUGCUAUAUUACUCAUUUUAGCAAUUUGGAUUGUACAUGUGUGCCCCUGGUGCAUGCUAGUGCACGACGUCUCUUAAUUUGACUGGCACGAGAAUCUCUUUCUUGAUUACUAGUUAUGUAAGUUAUGUCUUCUUUCACAGCCUAUGCUUUUCCUUUCGUUCUUUUCCCAGCUUUCUUUGCUUUGAACAAUAAAUCUGGAGAAUUGUCUUUGGUAAAACCACUCGAUUUUGAAGCCGCCGUUCAGUACGUACUGAACGUGUCAGCUUCUGAUAUGGGAGAGCCUCGGCGCCGUGCGUUCAGUAACGUCACUAUAAACGUGACUGAUGUCAAUGAUAACUCUCCGGUUCUUCAAGCACGGAUCAUUCAAGCUUCUGUUGCAGAGGUAAGUAAAUUCGAAGCACACUUGACUUUGCCAUGACUACAAGAUUAUGAAUCUGCCUUUUUCGGUAGAAAGGCACGUAAUGGAGAAUUCAUCCUUAUAAGGAAGAUCAUCGCUUUUAAGAUCCCAGCGUUUAAUGUUUUUCUCUGCAUGAAAGAUCCAGCCACUGUAUUUUGAAAGACUGAAUCCAUCAGUAAGGUCUCUCCAGUUAUCUUCAUACCAGCUCAGUAUCAUUCAGUAGUCGCCUUAUUCUGUUGCAGGGUGCUUCCUCUGGUUCAUUUGUUGCUCAGUGUAAUGCAUCUGACGCCGACACUGCAGUAAAUGCGCGGAUUACUUAUCAGCUUGUAGAAGGCGCGGUCAACAGGUUCUCGAUUGAUAACAUUACAGGUGUCAUAACCACAUCCAGGUCGUUUGACAGGGAGACUGAUCCCGAGCUGUACACGGUAAGGCUUUUAUUAAGACUUAAUAAUUUGAUACUUUAUCUUCGUGUGAAAAAGAAACAUCAGGUAAGCUAACUGGGUUUGUCUCCUUCAAGGAAAAAACUUGUGUGUCGAAGUUUGUUUCGUGUAGAUUUUUCUAUAGGUAUAAUCACUCUAUCAGGUUUCGCACCAUGCGAUCAAACGCCCCCCCCCCUCCUCCCAGUGAUACAUGAUCUCAAUGAUUUUAGGAAACAAACUGAGCUGACAUUCCUGCUCCGUAAAAGUGCAGAAUGGCAAAAUAAUGCGAUCCAGAUCAGUUCUUACACGAAGUUGCAAAAGUUCCCUAAUUUAAUUUAAUUCAUAGAAAAUUAUCUUUUGGGGUAAGUAAAGCUUAAGAUAACAGUUUGCCAGUGUUGAAAAACCUAAAGAGGUAACAACAUAUCAUAGGAAACCAGAGAGGAUCGUAACGUAAUAACUAAAAAAAAAAUAAAACGAAAAUCUGUCCAUGUCAACAAACCGUCGCAUAUUUUCUUUACCUUUCUUUAUUUCGAAGGAGUCCUUGCACUCUAAGUCGAAGUUUCUUGCAUCAUUAUUGCUUCAAUAGCCCAACCUUAAAUCAACUGAACAUUUGCUUAUAAGUAAUAAGUAAUCUACUGCCCUUAGCUCGUAGUGAACGCCCAAGACAAUGGACAGCAUCCCCGUUCUGAUGUUGGUUUUGUUGUUGUUCAUAUCACUAAUGUAAACGAACAUUCUCCAGUCUUCGCGCCGGAAUUAUACGUAGGAGGUAAGAUACUAGAGGAAGUGUCGUGAAAAGGCUAAGUUAGGGAUAGGAAACGAGAUUAUAACCAAAUUUUAACUAAACUGUAAAAACACUAUAAUGAUAAAAUGUGAAAUGCCUAAAAACUUUUAAAUAAGGGUAGAUUUUGCGAUAGUUACGAAGACGGCUACCUCAGUUAGCGGUCAAGAGGGCAUGUGUAGUUUGAGACAGAGGUAGUGUAAAAACCACCAUAUACACAGCCUAAAGUCUGUUUGCAAGCUUAGUUACCCAGAGAGCUCAUCCCAGUUUCUGUAACAUAAAGCGACCAGGAGACUAAUUACUUCCCUGUAUCAGAUACAAGUCCUCCGGUGUUUUCCCCUCAGCAUAUGUAAGUUUCCUUGGUAAUUCUAUUCGUUUUUACUCCUAGUGGAGCAAGAGUGGAGUGUUUUUUAAGAAUACAACACAAUGACAACAAAUGGGACUUGAACUCGAGCUCGGGUCAAUAAACACCCUGUUUCCAGCCUACAUUUGCUUUCAAUUCUUUUUUAAUACAAACACCUUGUUCACUUUGUCCUAGAGCUUCGCGCUCUCCCGAAGUGCUUUUACAUGUCCAUAACCCUGCCUAGCUGAGGGAGGUUGGUCUAGGUCCCAGGCCCCAACAGGUCCAGUAAAUAACCUUUUCACCACACUCUCUUAACUGUAAAGAGUUGUAAAGAUAAGAAAAGGACAAAAAAUUGUUGUUUUCUCCUUGAAAAGGUAUCCGUAGCUUAUUUAUUUUUUCAAUUUUUCAUCGUCCUUUACAAGGUGUGUACAAAGAUACGACUUACUAUUCGCUAGUGACGACUGUUAAGGUACGUGUUAUUGGAUAAAGUCCUUUGCCUUUCUAAAUUGCUCUGUAAAGAUGUUCCCAGUGUUUUACUAUAAACCAGGAAAUAACUCCAUUUGAUAACUUGAUAACCAGGUAACAAUCCCCAGAGAUGUUCUUAUCUGUUUGUCUGUUUGUUUUUUUUUUAAGUACUUAAUCCUGUUUAGUUGGGAAAGAAGAAUCUCCAAAGUUUUUGGAUCAUUUUGCAAAUUUCUUAGGACUUAACGACCCAAAGAAAUAAAAUUUUGAAAACCCACUCUCGACCUGACUUCUGUUCUCUCGAAGCGAAAUUUUUACCAAACCUAUAGGGGUUGAAAAUCGUGUCGAUGGUAGGGUAUAUAGACAGAGGGAAACAAGAAACUGAAAGGGAACAGGGAUGGUCGUGGAUAGAGAAGAUUAGUAGACAUUGACUAAUUAUAUUUUUAGUUUUAAAAUACAGUUUAUGAACGAGUAAUACCCUAAUUUGGCAGAGAGAAAUUUAUCAAAACUUAAAGAAGAAAUGUAGUUAAGCAGAAAUCAGUAUGAAGCUGGGUUGUCAGCGCUUUGUGUUUGACAUAUUCUGUGUUCAGGCGAGCGAUGCUGAUUCAGAUUCGCAAUCCGCUAUUACCUUCGAACUUGUCAAUGGCAAUGGGCUGGGGUUGUUUCACGUAGAGCCUGACACAGGUCACGUGAGAGUUGCAACCUCAUUGGCUGGUAAAGAUGGUUCAAAGUUCACUCUAGAAGUAAGUGCCUCGGACGGCCGGAAAAAGGCAGCCACCAACGCAAUUGUAAACGUAAGUAUGAAAAAGAUGCCGUAAAGUCUUUUCGAGUUUGCGAAAUAUAUAAUUAGACCUUCGUUUCUUCACCACAGUUUUUUGUCUGAGUGCCGUAAUCAAAAUGGCCUAUCAGAAAGUAGUAAAUAUCAAAGGAAACCAACAAAAUCAUUUCUUGAGGCGCAGAUUAGGAUUCGACUCUGUUUGGCAAAAGGGGGGGAUCAGGUGACGCUUAUUUUCUGAACCAGUUACAGAGUGAGGUACAUGUAGAGUGCGAGCAUCAUUCCUGAUUGCUCAAGAUAAGUGAAUUAGCAUGCCCUUCCGUAAGAGAUUGAAGAAUUCUUAAAUCUAGCUGAUUGACAGUAAAGUCAAGCAGUAAUUAACAGUUUCACUUGGAAAUGUUUGAGAUAUGUUUCCUGUAGUAUCGUAGUAGGUUGGUCAACUGUGUUAUUAGAGGAAAUGUGGACAUAGUAGAACGUCUCAAGACUUUCUUGCAUAUUUCUUUAGGUUUUUGUUCUCCGUGAUGAAGAUUCCAUUGCUAUAAAGGCAGGUGUGGUCCCGGGAGAGAUCACGAAAAGCAGAGCGGAAUUUCUUGAGUAUGCGUAGUGAUUUAGAUCUUCAAUAAUUUCACAAACAUAGCCGAACUAGUUAAGAAUAUAUUUCUUGAUAAACACUGAUAAAAAAAUUUCAUCAAAAGUAUUGUAGGGUAGGUGUCGUAAAAGUGGCGACAGAGAAGAGAAGCAAGAAGGUAACCGUGACAACCGCGUCACAGCCCUUUAUAAGGCACCUACCAAAAUUCAACACGGACAAACUGGUGUGUGGAAUGAACACCAAAAGAGUGGGAGGAUGGGAAGGAAAUAGAGCAAGCAAAGCAGCAAAAUUGAACCUUAACUUAGCUUUUAAAAAAAUGUAAUCCCACAAUUUAUUAAUUUUUUUAGAAAGGUUUUACCUACGUGCAUAAUUUUCAUUGGAAAUUAGAAAAGAUUAGCAUUACUGAAGAAGAGAUCUGAUAUGUACCACCGAUAUAGUCGAGUCUUUAUUGUUUCACACAAUCAAUAUGGUCAACGUGACCUUACGUGAAAACGAAACAUAUGUUAUCAGACUGCAAAUAGGCCAACAGUUGUAUUUGAUUGUUUCGGGCCAACACAUAUAUAGCAGUAAUACUAUUACUAUUCUUGGACAGAAUGCUUAAAUCCAUAACGGGAGGAGAUGCCCUUAUAAAGUAUCUCCAGCAAGAAGAUGGUGAAAACGCGUAAGUAUCACCUGAUCACUAAUCCGCUCGGUUAUAUUUACUGUUCACCCAUGUCUAUUUCACUUCCUUUAUUCUUUUAAGAAAAAUGGAUUCCCAUUUUUCUCAAAACAAACCGGCAAGACCUCCUUAAAGGAAUAGAGAAAUCUUAUUGAUAACUUUGAAAACGAAGUUGGUUCAGCUCUGAACUGAUAGCCCGUUGACAAGGAAGCUAAUAAACUGUUGUGUUACCAGUUAUUUGAUUGACUCAAAAAUUGUCCUUAGCUCUUAUAAUGCUCAAUUUGCGAGCUUUGUUGUUAUCCGUUUUUGACACUACUGAAAAGCCCAUUACGGUCUCCAAAUGCAAGAAUCAUUUUUUAGAACUUAACUAACAGUCACAAAUGUCCGUAGAAGCUAAUAAUCAGUGUGUAUUUCAACGCUACAGGACUCUUGUGACUUUCAACGUGGUGAGAGGUGACGAAGUAAUGUCGGGAUUUGAUAUUACAAGGUUAGUGCUAUAAAUUGGUUAAAUUUUCAAAUAAAUAAUCUUCAGGUGCAAGUCACUUAUCGAGUCUAAGGGCGUUACUUCCCUGAAAGGCGGGAAAACCGGUACGAUUUUUUCACUCGUGAAAAAAACCGUAUCAGGCUUCUGAUUGGUCAUACGACAUCUUUUACUGGUGAGAAAAAAUUGUACAACCAGUGGGAUUACUUCUCAUCAAAGACAGACGACUUGUAUUCAUUGAAUUUACACUGGACAAAUCUCAGUACUUGCAUGACGAGUUCAUUUCCAUUUUGGUAAAGUUUAAAACAUUUUAAUUCCUCUUUUUGAUAAACUUCCCUAGAUGUGGUAUGUUGUAAAUUCUAUUUAGUGGAAGUCAAUCAGUUUACAGGAAAGCCGUCUUAAUGUUCAACAAUAUUACGCCCAACCAAUUCAUCGUGCUCGAAGAUCUCGUUCCUAUCGAAAUCCAGUCGGCGGCGCCAGUGAAUUGCUUAUGUCAUAAAUUUCAGCUUAUAUCAUAGCUCCCUUCGCAAUGUUGCUGACACUUUAAACUUGUUACCCGCGAACAGCUUUAUCGUGUAACGUCUUACAAUAUUUUUUCCCUUUUUAGGGCUUUGUCAGACAACGAAGAAGCUUUAAAAACCACAUAUAAAAAGUUCAAUAUAUUAUGGUACCGGCCCCCAGGUGGACCUCCCUCAACAGAGGCUCGUAAGGGUACUGAGGAGGAGUUAUCUGCCGUGGUCGGAGCCAUGAUCUGCCUUGGUGUCAUUAUUGGUCUAGGAGCGAUAAUUAUGAUAAUUAUAUUGAUCAUGUGAGUGAAUCUCAGAGCCAUAAUUAUGAUGAUUAUAUUGAGUGAAUCUCAGAGCAAUAUACAGAUAAUACGAGCAUGAAAAAGGCACCUGUAUGAAUGGCUUCAAGUUCGUGUUUCAGACAAUCUUGUGGCUGAAAUUGGUGCUAUCGCCAUAAUCGUUACAUACUAUAAUCGGUGAAUUACCUCACUCUUACUAAGAGUAGGGUCUAACAAGUUUAAUGUAGGAAUUUCUUGGGCUGUUCUGAUUGUGCUUGAAUGGAAGUUCAUUCCUUUUUAUGUUUGUUUUAGGAGAAAAAGAAAUGGUCAGAGUCCGUUCAAGAAAAAGAGACAAACAAGAGUGACGUUCAAUGACAAACCUUUCUUGUAAGUGACAUGAAACAUUCAUGAGUUUUCUCUCGGUAGAAAACUUGUCAAACUUUCCUUAUACCAGACAUGGUUUGAUGCUACUCCGGUUUAAAGAUUUAAUGAGAAGUUAAAAUUCAUAGACCCUGGGUCUAUGAAUUGUUACUUCUCGGUUAACAUUCAUUCUUUAAACCAGAGUAGCAUCAAACCAUGUCUGAUUGUCCACCUAGUUGCCUUGUGGACUUUAGUAUGUUUCCUUAUGCCAUUUCUACAAUUUCAACUUUAAUGGCUAUUUAAGGAUGCGCACAUCAUCCCUGACAUUCCAGCCUACAUUACGUACUACACAACAACACGAACAUUCAUUUUUGGUUUAAAAUAAUUUACCUCGAAGAUUAUUUGAAGAAUGUCAAAUUUAGUAUCUUUCAGUUGAGUGGAAUGUGCUUGAGGUCUCGAUAGGCGAAUAUUCUUGUAUCUGCAAGUGUGACCUCUGAGCUUAGAUUAUGAUUCACUAUUCAGUUACAUUCAUAAAGAAUGGCCUUAUAAGCGCCACGAGCUUACGGAUAUGGCGCUAUAGAAAUCCUUAUUAUUAUUAUUAUUAUUAUUAUUAUUAUUAUUUAAUAGAGAGUCAUGUUGUUCUGUCGGCAUAUUUUAGUUAACUAGCCUUAUUUCUCCUUACCUCAGCAUUGAACCUGUUCAGACUGCUGUGACAUCAAACCACGUGGAAUCCGCACAGGUAACAUCUCCCAUUAUUCAGUCUCAGCUCCCUGCGUACUAGUAGUGCUACAAUAUAAAAUGACAAAUAACUGCUGCUAAACACUCUUACUCAACUGUUUAGAUGAUGUUCCAUUGUAUUUUAAAUAAAUUUUUAUUCCCAAACAUCCUAUAUUAUUAGAGAAAGGCAAUUGAAAUCAUUUAAAGUUUUCGCACUGUGCAUUGUAGAUAGUUAGUUACCAGCAUAAACUGGUACCUGAAUAAAACUAAUUUUGUUAUAACUUCUAGAAAUAGUUUUCUGACCAGCAACAGACAAAAAUUUAUCACAAAAUAUUUUUGUUCCUGACUUUCAGAGCAUUUUCAUACAUAAAGGACACCAGAAAAAAAGUUUCAGUCAUAUAAAAACUGGACUUACAGAAAACGAUUUUCAUUUAACCUCUUAUAACAUUGCAUGCCAGUUAUGAUUAAGCCAUAAUUAUAGAACCCCACCACAUUUUAUGAUGCAGACUGUGAUUUUAAUCAUUUAAACCUCUCAAUCAGUGCUAAUCUGUAGAUAUGAUCAAUCGAUGUUUUUCGUUUAUAAAUGAUAGACAAUCGAUUACGUUGGAGAAGCCUGUUUACUUUAUCAAACUUUUACAGAAUGGUCCAACAUCUAAUGAUGUUCGCGCUCACAUGGUGUGCUAUCAGGCAGACAUAAAAUACGACUUCACCAUGUUAUAAAAUGUAACUAUAAAAAUGAAAGUAUUUAAAAAAUAUUUCUAAAUUAUAAUACGCAGUAAACUAUUAUUUAACAAUUAUUCGCCUCUGGCUCAGUGAUUACUGUUGAAUAAUCCCCGAGAGGAAGUCAAGGGAAUUAUUCAACAAUAUUCACUGGGCUUGAGGCGAAUAAUCUUUUUAGCAUAAUUGCUCUAGUGCUUUCGAAUUCUGUUGUAAAUAUUCGUUUUGAUGCUGAAACCAUUUAGUUUCAAUUGUUUCGAUACUCGAGAUAAACAGCCACCUUCCACUCGAAUUUCACAGGUUCAUUUAAUUCAAUCAGCAAAUUUCAUAUCUUUCUUUGAAAAGUGUUACUCAGAAUUGAAUUUUCGUUAUCGUAUUCAUCAGUACCUCGGCAACACUGACAAAACGCGAGGUAGCCAUUUUUUACUUUGGCGCUCCUGCUUUUAUCACUUCGCACGAGGUGAUUAUAGCGAGAUAUGAGGCAAUCCUCGACCAAUCAGAGAGCGUGCAUCUCUAUAAUCACCGGAGCAAUUAUGCUAAAAGAUAAUAACCAGCAAAUAAUUUGAGAAGCUUCUUAAUCAGAAGUUUAUAACAAUGGUAGAAACAAUAUUUUCAGGCAUUGUUGUCUUUUUGAGGUACUGGUAACCAAACAACUAUUAUCACUUGCUCGAUAAUGUCCAGUGACCUCAGCUUUUGUUUAUAGUAAUGUUUUGUUCAUAAGAUUGUUACCAAAAUACGGUCAUUUCUUUGUCAAGUCUCGCAGUUUGCUUUACAGAAGUAACCCUUUGAAAUAUAUAGAUAUUUAAUUCGUAAACAUAUCAUGUCCCAGGCUCCUGGAGUUUAUCUCUUUUUCGUUCCUAUUUGCGGCCUUGACGCCCUGAUGACUUCACAGUAAAUAAUGACUUACUGAAUAAUCAACACACCAGGUUCAAGUCAUUUAACUCGCUAUAUCCUUUCAUUUUCACAGGAAGCUCAAGAGGUUAUAGUCCAUAUACCAGCCGAGGAUGACAACAGUUCUGAAGGCAGUGAUGACGGUUCUCGCGGCGAAAUGAGCUUUUUAAAUUUCGGCUACGGUUCGCAACUGGCAGCCAUGAGGGAGGAAGAUCCGGAAGAAUAUGUUGACUUAGAUCAUAACGCGUUCUUCCCCCCUCCGCCUAAAGGCCCGCCGCCGAAGCCACCGGAUUCUGACGAGGAAGACUCCGAAGAUGCCGACAGCAUCUCGAUGGGAUCACGAAGUGAUUAUGAAAAUGAGUACUCGGGAAAGUACAACCCAGAUGACGUAGCAGAUGUCAAUGAGACCGUGUUAAGCCAUUCUCCAUCGGACUCUACUACAGGAAGCACAGACCAGUUAGUGACUGGUUAUCCAAAGGUUACGUUUCGUAGUGGUGGGUUUUUGCGAAGUUUUUCGCUGAACGAAGCGACGACUGAGUUGUAGGAAAACUACACUGAGUCGGACAGUUUGAUGAUGUUUUUUUUAGACAUAAUACAGAGAAAACCAACAUAUGCAUUCAAAUAACAUGAAAUAUUAGGUUGUUCAUAAGGAAAGGAACAAUGCAAUCCAAAUUUGAUCGUUUUAGCUCAACAAAUUGGUGUUAUUCCGCAUUUCAUAAUAAUUUUUAAGAUUCUAGGGUAAUUACUUUUUUCUUUGGUCCCCUAAUUUCAAUAAAAUGCACCGUGUUUAGUCUCAUUUUUUUUAUUCUAGCUUUUGAGUUUUAAAAAACUUAAUCUUUCGUGUUUGAAAAUAUGGAAUUUUUGUCUUAGGAAUCUUUUAACGGUGUAUAUUUCUGAGAAUUUCGAUCAUGAAUUUUGAUCGCUAAUUGGUAUACGUUUAAUUGGAAUUCUUUAGUUUCAUGGUGAGUUUUAUUAUGCACUUUGAAGGCAACCUAGAAAGAUUAUCAUAUAUAAUUCUUGUGACGAAAAUUUAUUUUUUGACAGUUAAAUAUUAGUAUCAAUGAAAAAAAUAUUUUUUCAAAGGUGAAAAUAACCAACUGAUUCAACACCGGUGUUGAACAUAAUUCCUAAAGCCUUAAUAUU